ACUUAGAUUUGUUUACCCACAACCGAAAGACCAUCUUCUCCCUUUCCUGGUGAAACCUGAUUAGAGCAAGUGGAUUGGCCAAUUUGGAUCUUGGCCAUCUUGGAGAAAAUUGGGGUGGGUUGACUAGGUAGAUCGCCGAGAACCAAAAUUUGGCCAAAUCUGGAGGGAUGUGGGCUUGUAUGAGUUUAUUCAACUAACCAAGUGUACAUUUGUCAUGGAUAGGCCGAUCUUGAGUUUUGCUUUGCUUUUUUGGUUAGGUUCUUUUAAUUGCUUCCAUUUCCCAUGUGGUGCCAUGUCCAUGAGUCUCUUUGACAUUAGUUCUUUGACUGGAUUAUCGUGCACUGAAGAAGAAAUUUCUGCACUUCUAGCCAUGCCGUUGGGUGUUGAAUAUGACCACAAAGAUCUGAAGCCCUCUUAUCUAGCUUUCAUGAGAUCUGCUUGUGACCACAAAAUUUUGAGAAUAAAGUUGGAAUUAGAGAAUCACAGCUCUCAAGAGGGAGAUUUGAAGGGGAUGGUGGGAAGGGAAACCAUGAAGGGAACAUGGCGACAGGCAUAGAAAUAACAGAAGCUGGGUUUUCACUUUCGUGUUCAAUUUGUGUUGUCUUAUCAAACUUGGCUUGAAACUUUAAAUUUUUGUCUUUUAGCUAAGUACUGGAAAGGCCGGUUUCCGGUGUCCACUUUUAAAAGCUAAGAUGAAGUGGCACAAUGAGAACGAGAGUGGUGGAAAGCGAGUGCCUCAGGCGAUUGCAGCUAGCACCGCUCUUGAAUUUACAU